UGCACCGGCUUCAGCUGACUCUGAAUCGAUCAGACUCAUACGAAUAGGAAGAGAGUAAGCUAGCUUGCCCCAUGGAUACAUUAUGAAAGAGGAACACGUAGAAGUCAGGCAGUUAUUUAAAACAGUAUCGUUUUUAGGUUCCUGAAUGCGCACGGACUUGAACGAACCACUGACAACGAUGAUGUAGCCUAAAUUAACUAUCCUAGUCGCGCUCACUGGCGUUUUGUCCCAUCCACGGACCGAUCAGUGGCCCCGUCACAUCUGUUACUGAUAGACAGAGAAGUGGAGAUCGGCUAGCGCUCGCCUUUAACCCUGUCAUACUCUAGGUGUCAACUUGCUGCAGGCUACGUUAAACAACGUAUUAUGGAUCGCAACAGUAUAAACAGUGACUUAUUGCUAACAACAGACAAUCAAGGCCGUGUCAGCUACUGGAGAAAUGUCUGUGGUUUCUGGUGCCUCGGCUUGUGUAACAACUUCGCCUACGUCGUGAUGUUGAGCGCAGCGCACGACAUUCUGAAGCAGCAAGAAACCAACAACACGCUUCCGUCUCCUCCCACAGCCAUCCAUCUUUUCCAGUCUCAUCACAACAGCAGUAACAGCAGCGGCCACUACGACUGCAACCCCACAUCCACCGCGGCUGUUUUGCUGGCUGAUAUCCUCCCUACUCUUUUCAUCAAGCUCUUCGCGCCCUUCUUCAUUCAUGCAGUGCCUUAUGGGUUCCGUGUGCUGUUGUGCAUUGGCUCAGCUACUGCCAGCUUCCUGGUGGUGUCUUUAUCCACGUCGGUGGGGAUGAGCAUUCUGGGUGUGAUCUUUGCCAGUGUGAGUUCAGGACUCGGGGAACUGUCUUUUCUGGCACUGACCGUCUACUUCGACAGGGCGGUGUUAAGUGGGUGGGGCUCGGGUACAGGGGGGGCAGGAGUGGGCGGAGCUCUGUUGUACUCGGCGCUAACGCAGUCCGGCCUGACGCCCCAACUGACCCUCCUCAUCAUGCUGCUGGUGCCCGCCCUGAUGGCCGCCAGUUACUACUUCCUGCUGGUGUUUCCUCCCUCGUUCCCCCAGUGGAGCAGAGGGGAGGCAGAGCCAUCCGUGUUUGUGGGAGGAUCCCCUCAAGAGUACCGCCCCCUGGUGGAUGAUGAGCAGGAGGACCAGGAGACGAGCGAAACCACAGAGUCGGAGAAAACAGGAGCCCUCAGCUUCACCGAGAAACUCAUCAUCCUCAAGGGUCUGCUGUGGUUCAUAGUGCCUCUAGCAGUGGUCUACUUUGCUGAGUACUUCAUCAACCAGGGGCUGUUGGAGCUGUUGUUCUUCCCAGACAUCUUCCUCUCCCAUGCUGAACAGUAUCGAUGGUAUCAGACUCUGUACCAGGCUGGUGUGUUCGUCUCCCGCUCCUCUCUCUGCUGCCUGAAGAUCCGAUGCAUCGGGGUCCUCUCUGCACUGCAGUGUGUGAACGCAGUGCUGCUGACGUUGGCGGUGUAUUACCAGUUCCUGCCGAGUGUGUGGAUGGUCUUCAUCAUCGUCCUCUAUGAAGGACUGCUAGGGGGAGCGGCCUACGUCAACACCUUCUACUACAUCAGCAAAGAGACGGGUGAUCGUGAGCGUGAGUUCUCCAUGGCUGCUGCCAGCGUUGGGGACAGUCUGGGCAUCGCCCUCUCUGGAGCUACAGCUAUGCCCCUACACCACCACUUCUGCUCUCUCUAACACACACACACACACACAGCUAUGCCCCUACACCACUACUACUGCUCUCUCUAACACACACACACACACACACACACACACACACACACACACACACACACACACACAGCUAUGCCCCUACACCACUACUUCUGCUCUCUAACACACACACACACACACACACACAGCUAUGCCCCUACACCACUACUGCUCUCUCUAACACACACACACACACACAGCUAUGCCCCUACACCACUACCGCUCUCUCUUAACACACACACACUCCCACUCACACACACAAAGGUCAUGUGGGGGUUGUUGGCUGCUAAGUGACUAGCCUUCAUGUCCCUCCCAGUGUUGGCUGCAGAGGGUUUGUUUUUAUUGGUGUUUACUCUUCUGUUGUGUAUUUGUGUUUGUAUUUGUACCAAACUGACCCAGAGCCGAGAGCAUGUCGGGAUCCUACACCUUUUAUGAUCGUUACCUUACUUACUGACUGACUGUGUGUGUGUGUGUGUGUGUGUGAGUGUGAGAGCGUGUGUGAGAGUGUGUGUGUGUGUGUGUGUGUGUGUGUGUGUGUGUGUGGUGUGUGAGAGAGAGAGAGAGAGAGAAAGUGUGCCUGUGUGAGAGAGUGUGUGUGUGGUGUGUGAGAGAGAGGGAGAGAGAGACCUGCUGCUUUUAGGUGCUUUAUGUGCUUCUCUCUGUGUGUGUGUGUGUGUAUAGCAUGAAGCCUAAUUAUGUGCAUUAAUGCCCCAGUGUGUUUCUAACCUGAGUGCCUUUUCAUCUAUCAUGAGCAUCACACACACACACACACACACACACCACCUCCUACACACACACACACACACACACACCACCUCCUACACACACACACACACACCACCUCCUACACACACACACACACACCACCUCCUACACACACACACACACACACCACCUCCUACACAUACAUACACACACCACCUCCUACUCACACACACACACACCACCUCCUAUGGUACACAUUAUGGGAACUGACUUUAAACUUUGAAAUGUUGAACAUUCAAUGUUUUGGAAAUCAAAGAGUGAAAUAAAUUAAAUAACUCAAA